GAGCAUGUCCAGGCAACUUUGUCUGAUUUGAUUGAGAAAGGGUUGGUGAGGGAUGUGGAGAAUAUCGGUCAGAUGAUGCAAAUAGGUGAAACCCAGUUGCCUCUUGUGGAUAAGGAUGGCGGAUACAGACAGACUGCAACGCAUCUAACUUAUAUUCGGAAACGACUGGUCGAUGAGGAGAUCGGAUGGUUGAUAUUUGUUGUUGAUUCACAUCAGAAAGCCUCUUUUGAUAAAUACGUUGAGGCUGCAAAAGCAGCAAAGUGGCUUCCUGCUGAUGAUGGGAAGCCAAUCCCCAAAAUGAGUUUUCUGGGUUUGGUUGCUGAUCCAUCAUCAGUCGUUAUUUCCAGCUUAAUCUCUGGCGUCAUGAUAAGCUUUGAAGAAGUGCUUCUUCAAAGAGGUUACCAGAAAGGUCUUGAACUUGGAACACUGGCUGAGCAACUUGCACUCGGAGGAAUCAAGUAUGCUGUCUUGAAGAACAUUGGGAGGGGUAAGAGCAACAACUGCAAAAUCAACAAAGAUGUGCUUCUCUCGUCCAAUGGGAACAAUGCAUUUCGCCUGCAACUUUUCUACAGCGCCAUUUGUCGAUUCAUUGAAAGUGCUGCAAUAGAUAUUCAAGCCGUCAACAGAAGUAAGGUGGUUCAGCUCCUGCCUCAGGAGGCAUCUGAUCUCGCUGUGCAUUUGCAAAGCUUUCCGGCGGUUGUGAAGCAAGUGUGUAUGGAGCUAUCCCCUGCAAUCCUGUGCGACUUUCUUCUCAAGGUUGCUGUACUCUAUGAAGAAUUUAGCAGUGUGUCUCACGUAAGUUAUACUUGACCUUUAACGGUUCUGUUUCUGGUUUAAGCUAAUGUUGUAGGAUUAAAUAAUGAACCAUGUCGCCUUUAGCAAUGUGUCACAUGAGUUCUGUGCUUGUACCCCCUAAUAACGAUUUCCAGUUACAGGUGGAUAUUUUCAGAGACUUUGACAA